AUGAACUCCCUGGUCAGCACCUCACACCUCCAGCUUGCUGCCUUUGUUCUGGGCACAGUAGGGUGGAUCCUGUGCACCAUUUCCAUGGGAAUUGUGGAUUGGAGAGUGUGGCAUGUGAACAACACCACUAUCAUCUCCUCUGGCAUUGCCUGGGUGGGCAUUUGGAAAGUCUGCUUCAUCAGUUACCUUCAUGUCACACCUGGCUAUAGAGAACAGUUUUGCCAUAAAUUCAGUGGCUUUGACUCCUUCAUCCCUCAUGAAAUUUAUGCUGCUCAGGGUCUCAUGUUGACUGCCAUGUUCACAGGCUUGCUGGGACUGGCUGCUACAAUAUUUGCUCUGAGAAAUGUGUAUAUGGGAAUCACUCACAAAACUCUCAUUGCCCCGUUCUUCCUGGUGGGUGGCUUCUUCUACAUAUUUGCUGGUCUGUGUGUCCUGAUUCCUGUGAGCUGGAAUUUCUACUCUGUAACUCACAACCAGAGUAUAGCUUUUCCUCCUUCUUACUACAUGCCCUCCAGUCCAGAAGCACAGGAAGCUGGUGCUGCCAUUCCUGUUGGGAUUGUGGCUGUCAUCCUCCUGCUGCUAAGUGGGACAUUUUCUCUCUCAUACAGAUUUCCCAUGAUUGCAAACACUAUCACAAAAUCCUGA